UAUCAUUCAUUAUCAAUACUCCGUCGCACAAUUUUAAAACGGCAUUUCCUUAAAAUAUUUUAAGCUAACCAUUGAACUUUUCAGCAAUUAGUUUUUGAUAUACUCGAUAUUAAGUGUAAAAUUUUUGAAAGUAACAAAAUCUGUGUUAAAUAAAAAUGCCUGAUUCUUACACGUGCAUCACUUGUCAGGUUCUGUUCAAAACAGCUGACUUACAAAGAGAGCAUUAUAAAUUAGACUGGCAUAGAUACAAUUUAAAAAGAAAAGUUGCUUCAAUUCCUCCAGUUACGCUAGAAGAAUUUGAACAGCGGGCAAAAGAACACAAGGAGUCAGCUGAAGCGAUACGAGAUGAAUCAGCCUAUUGCAGAUGUUGUUCAAAAUUGUUCAACACAAAGAACGCUUACAACAAUCAUCUUAAUAGUAAAAAGCAUAAGCAAACUGAAGAAAAAAGUAUAAAAGAGGGAAAUGAUGACCAUAGUAAUCAUUCUGAUACUGAUAGUUUUGUAAAAAUUGAUAAUGUAGAUAAACUUCCUAUCAAAAAUGAACCUGAAAAGUUCGUUGUUGUAAAGCCUGUUGGCUCAGGAGAUGAAGAUAUUGAAACUGAUUCCGAAAUUGAAGAGCUUGAUUCAGAUGAAUGGGAUGAAUGCCGUAUAAAGGAAAGUGAUUCCCUAAUUAAGCCAAGAGACUGUCUGUUUUGUACACACCAUAGCAAGAAUAUGGUUAAAAACCUGAAGCACAUGUCCGAAGCACAUUCCUUCUUUAUUCCUGAUGUGGAAUAUUGUGUUGAUGUCAAAGGCCUAUUGUUAUAUUUGGGUGAAAAGAUUUCACAAGGAUACAUGUGUCUUUGGUGCAAUGAGACAGGACGCACUUUCUAUUCAUUGGAAGCUGCCCGAGGACACAUGAUUGAUAAAGGACAUUGUAAAAUGUUACAUGAAGGACUUGCUUUAGCGGAAUAUGCAGAUUUUUAUGAUUAUAGCUCUUCAUAUCCUGACCACAAAGAGGGUGAAGAAAACAUGGAUGUGGAUAAUGAAGUGGAGGAGCCAGCCAACUUGGAAGAGUCUGAUUACCAGCUUGUUCUUCCUUCCGGUGUUGUAGUUGGACACAGGUCUCUAAUGAGGUAUUACAAGCAGAAUUUGACCCAUAACAGUCAAGUUCUUGUUAAGAAGUCUGACCGCAAGUUACACAGGUUGCUAGGUGUUUACAAAGCCUUGGGAUGGGCACCAAAGGAGCAAGCGUUAGCUGCCAAGAAAGCGCGUGAUAUCCACUUCAUGAAGAGGGUUCAAGCCAAGUGGCAGAUGAAGCUGUCAUUGAAGGCCAACAAGUUCCAGAAGCAUUACCGACCUCAAGUCAACUUCUAGAAGUUUGUACAUCUAGAAUAUUUUAAAUUAAGCAAUUAUAUUUGUCCAAUCAUUUAACAUGCUACACAGUGACGGAGUUUCCAUUAGCGAGACACAUGAAUAAAAACAUUUUCUUUUUUGUUUCAUUGAAUAUUUUUAUGAAAUGCAAAUGCAGUAUUGUAUCAUAUUGUAUAUCAAUUUUUCUUUUGGUAAUUUAUAACUAAAAUAUCCAUUUUGUUACAAUAUUUCAUGAAUAAAAUAUCUGGGCUAAAAACGUAAUUAGAUCAAUAAUUUUAAAGUUAAAAAAAUAGGUCAAUCCAAACGUUGUUGAUUUUUUGCUGAAAACAAUAUACGAUUAGAAAAUUAUUUGGAUAACUUUGUAUAUGAAUACACAAAUAUUUAAAUCACCCUCUAAAUAAUAGAUCAUGUUUUUUGAUUGCUAUUGCGAUCUAUUGCGUACAGGGAUUUGUUGAAGCAAUGCUGGUAUCAUAAAUAAAUUUAUGUUAAAUCA